AUGCCUCCACCUAAGUGGGAAGUCAAAGAAAGAUAUUACCGCAAUGUAUAUCUCAAUAGCUCGCGCGAUAUGAAGAUCCAAGCUGCCGCCAAAUCUGAGGUUCUGGACAAUAGAGUAACGUCCAUCACAGAGUUGAUCACCAAGCUUUAA